AUGCCACAAUUUCGUCUAAUUGAUGGACCAUCCGUACGACAGGGACGAUUACAAAUUCAAUUUCAAAAUCGUUGGCGAUCAGUUUGUACAAAACUUACAAACUGGACAUCGAUAGAUAUUAGCACAGCAUGUCGAUCAAUGGGUUUCAAUGAUGGCGGAUUCUGGAAAUGGUAUCGACGAAACAAUGAUACAUAUCCAUUUGUGAUGCCAUAUCCGAAAUGUUCACCAAAUGCUUCAUCAUUAUGGGAAUGUGAAGGAUUAAGAAAUCCCAGUAUGAUACCAUUGAGUGAAAACCUUUGUCAAGGUGUAGAUGACAUAGGAAUUCACUGUUGGGGUGUACCGAUAUUUCUUGGUUGGCAAAAACAUUGGAAAGGCUUGCAAAUCAUGUCAUCAUCAUUACAGUAUGUGAAUUCGGAUCCUGAUAUGGUUGCCUUACAUCAAGAAUCUAUUAGUAAACUUGAAUUUGUUGAUAUAUUAUAUGCCGGAUAUGAUGGGUCAACCAAAAAUACAACAGCAGCAAUUUGGAUUGACGGUAUUCCACCGAUCAUGAAUGGCCUUUGGAUUGAGCGAAGUGCUGGUGAUGCUAUUCAUCUUUCAAGGUCCACUGGGCCUAUUAUCAUUGCUAAUUCAACCAUCCGUAAUAAUAGGGGUCAUGGUAUAACGGUAAUGAAUACUAGUGAUGGCCGAGUAUUUAUUAAUAUGACAACUAUUUCUGGAAAUUAUGGUGAUGGCAUACAUUAUCAUGAAGGAUAUGAUGAAUCCUGGUAUUCUACCAUAUCCGAUAAUAAAAGGCCAAGAUUGGAUAUGUGUAUGAAGCAUAAAAUACCAAAUAAUUUCUUUUUUCCACAUUUAAUCCAAGCAAAGCUUACCAAUGAUACGGUAAUUGACAAUAACAGUGCAUCACCUUGCUGGAUGACAGUAUCAUUGCCAGUUCAGUUACCAUAUACGUACAGUAUACAAUUCAUGGUAGUAAGAAAUGAAAAUGAUGAAAAUUUGGAUUCAAAAACUCGAUUAAUCAUUUGUGAUGCAAAUAUGAACAUCAAUGGAUGUGAUAGUGAACGAUAUCGUAUUCCAAUUUUGGAUCAUAUUCUUCCGCAAACAAUUUCAUUCCGGAGUACUGGUCAACCAAUAUAUGUUUCGUUAGAGCAUACACCAAAUGGACUGAGUGAUCGAGUUGCUGGGGAUAUUAAUUUAAUUUUUCGAAUUCACGCUUCUGUCACUGAUAAAGCAUUUUAUGGUUUGAAUAUAACACAUACACUAAUAGCAAAUAAUACGGGAAAUGGUAUUUUGGCGCAAGAUAUACGUGAACGAACAGUUUUAACAAAUGUUACAAUAUUGGAAAAUCAAGGACAAGCGGGAUUUCUGGUACGUGAUGGUGCGGCGGAUAUAUGGAUUAAUGCUUCCCGAAUUAAUGAUAAUUGGGGUGAUGGAAUUAAUAUUACAUAUGCUGGUGGUUCGAUUACAAUUAAUGGUACCAUAAUUAGUCGUAAUAAAUUGCGAGGUUGUGCAUUUCAUCAAAAUACUUCAUCACCAUAUUUAUCCCAUCAUCAGGAGAUUAUUAUUAAAGGUCGUCCAUCGAAUAAUAUCUUUUAUUUACGUACACAAAUUGUUGAUAAUGAAUGGGGAGGUAUUUUAAUUGGAAAUUUUUGCAUACCAUUAUGGAAAAAUAUUCAACCAAAGGUGCUAAUAAGUUGGACUGAAUUAAUUGGAAAUCGUUAUCAUCCAUCUGUGGAGAUAUUUGCAUGCCAGAAAACUGGAAUGGCUAAUACCAUAAUUGAUUUUACCGGGAAUCGAAUCGAAGGAGGUUUAGGAAUAGGUUUCCGGAUGGAACCAGCCGUAAAUACUAUAAUGAUUAUAUCAAGUAAUCAAUUUAUUGCAAAUAAUAAUACUGCCCUGGUCAUUCGAAAUGCCCGCAAUGUGAUAAUCAAUCGCAAUUGUUUCAAAAAUCCUCAAGCAGCAUAUGAAAUAGGCAGCGAACUUGGUGAGCAUGCUAAAUGGAUCGAUGCUCGAGAAAAUAAUUGGGGUUAUCCAAGACCUGAAUUAUUUAUGCAUCGAAUUUUUGAUCAAUUCAAUCGUUAUACAUUAGCUACUAUUGAAGUAAAUCCAUUUGCUGCUGUAUGCAAUCAACGAAGACCUCAUAUUACUACCGUACAACAAUAUUAUCGUUCAUUUCGGAAAGAUAGUGAACCAUACAUUUUAGGUGGUACCAUUUGGGAGAAUCAAGAUUUAGGAAAAGGCUUAUAUACAGUCAUAGAUGAUUUGAAUAUCGUACCUGGAGCACGUCUUACAUUAUCACCAGAUACUGUAUUACAAUUUAACAACGGUUUAGGAAUGUUAGUUCAGGGUGAAUUAGUCCGAGCAGAGUUGCAUUCUUCUGAUGAAAUGGUAAAAUUCACAAGUGCACCGUUUAUUUUGCCUCAUCCAUCGAAUAUUCGUUUAGUGGACGAAAAUAAUAACACUGCUAUAUUUGCUGGUCGUUUAGAAGUAUAUGUUAACAAUCAAUGGGGUACAAUAUGUAAUCGUAGUUGGACCAAAGAAUUGGCAUUAUUAGCAUGUAACCAACUUGGCCUUAUAAUGGAUCCGGAAUAUCAUGAAAAUUGGCAAAUAUUUCCGGAACGGGGUGAAUUGCCAAUAGUAAUGGAUAAUAUUCGCUGUGAAGAAAAUGAAUAUGAUAUAACAAAUUGUCGACAUGAUGGCAUUAAUCAUAAUAUAGUAGCAUCAUGUGAAUCAACAAAUGUUGUUGGAUUGCGAUGUAUGGAACCACGUUGGAGUGGUGUUCGAUAUUCUUUCCUUGCAAAUCCACCGUUAAUUACCGGUCAAAGUUCCAUGGAAAAAUGGAUUAUUGAAAAAGCGGGUCUUUUCGAUUUUCGCUUAUCGAAAUUUAGUCCAGCAUUACAAAUUGAUUGGAAUUGUCAUACAUUUCAUAAUUUAUAUAUUCGAGAUAAUUUUUGGAAUGGUAUUGAUAUCGUAUACAAUGAUUUGACAAGAAAGCCAGCAAUUCGAAUGAGUCAAUUUGAAAAUAAUCGUCGUCAUGGAUUUAAAACACGUUCACAAGGAAUUACAAUUCAAAAAGUAUCUCUAAUUGGAAAUGGACAAUCUGGUUUUCGAUAUAAUCCAUUAAUAACAAAUGAUUUACAGUAUGAUAUUAUAACAUGGUUGGAACGUCGAGAGCAACCAGAAAUGGAAGCUAAUAAUGUUUUUAUAAUACCAAAUACUAAUAUUGAUAAAUUAAUGGUUUAUGAAUCACAUCUUAAUCAACGAAAAUUUUUAGUUGCAAAAGCGACAUCGGAUUGUCCACUUGCACUUCUUGAUCCAUGUAUCUAUGAGAUGUCAUUAUUUGCAAGUGGUCAUGAAUAUGGUUUAAAUUCAAGAUUAGCUAUACAAGUUAUUAAUCGAGUUAAUUGGGAAAGUGAUGAAGAUAUUCAUCUAAUUGAUAGUAUUGUUUCAAAUACGUUACAAUUAAAAUAUACGCGAACAUACGGGAAACCAUCGGUGAUUAUUCUAGUACUUUUCCUCGAUGCUCAAGAAUAUUUGAAUCGAUAUGUGCAUGUGUAUCAAUCACAAAUAAUCAAUAACCAAUAUGCUAUAUCAUCAAUUCAUUAUUCAAAUUGGACAAUUAAAAAUGAUCAUUUGUUAAAUCGUUUAGCUAAUGAAAAGCUUUGGUUUCAAAAAGUUGAUUUUAUCAAUAAUAGAGAAGCUAUCAUAUGGAUUCAUUCAUCACAACAUACCAUUUUUAAUAACAAUACACCUAUUGCAACGAUUGGUUAUCAUAUUGAUAAUUGUUCAAUAAUUAAUAAUACCGGAUCAAUAAUCGAAUCACAUCAUGAUCUUUACAAUAAUGCUAAUAUAUUCGAAUGGUUUUUUUGGUCGAAUACUUUUGCAAAUAAUGCAAAUAGCACAAUAAUGAUACACUUACCUGAUCCAAUUAAUUUAAAAACUCAACAAAUUCAUUCUCUCAAAGUAUUUUAUGAGUCAUUCCUUUCUUUUUUUCCUAUACAAAUAAUACAAUAA